CUGAGAGCUGACGGUUGACACUACACAUUUAUCUGUCACAUUCGACGUUUGGUUGCGUUCGCGGGAGCUAAAGAAUAUGACCUGGCAGGAUGGGGCAUAUAGAGAGUAACUGCGGUAAGAACGCGAGAGUACGAAUCUGCUGACUCUCUGCUCCCCGAACGCGCGUUCCCAAUCGAUGUUCAGCUGAAAGCACUUAUUCCAAUUCUCUAAUUACGGUGCCUGUCUGUGGCUGUGUCCUGCCUGCUGCCUCGCUGAAUAGUUUGGCAUGCGCCUGCAUGUAUGCGUGCGUCCAUCUGCAAGAAAAGGUAAAACGGUGGUUAAAAGACAACUUUUCUCAUACCCCGCCCCCCGUCAUUCAGCGUUUGGUAUGGGUCCAAAUUCAGUGAGCGGCUGUGAAAAGAUAGUACAACGGGAAAGAUUAAGGGUAGUGCAUAUUAGAGGAAGGGAACAAUCUAUGCUGAAUGCGUAUACAACAACACACCACCACCGGUCAGAGUCAAUAAGAAAACCGGCGACGGGUGAAUGGUCGGUAUGCUAAUCGUGCGCAUGUGUUCGUUCCUGCUCACUAUUGUACGGACACCACAACACUACUUGUGUGCGUGCGUAACAGAGUUUUGAAGCUUUCCUUCCUCUUCACACGGUGUGCGAAAGAAAGAGACAACGAGCGAAGGGAAACGAUUUUACCAAUACGCAUUUAUAAAGCCACCUAGCAAGCAGGCGACGCUUAUGCGCUUUAUGUUUGAUGAUGGUAUGUGUGUGUGUGUGUGUGUUGGGGGUAGGUUUUUGACGAUUUGUUGUACCGGCAUCGAAUUGUGAAGAUAACGGUGUAUUGAUAUCUCUGUGUGUGCACCAACACAAUGAAAGGAACAUUGUACGAUGAAUAGAGAUAUACACCAUUGUUGUAGCAAAAGACGUUUUGUUGAUUUUUAUGAAUCGUUGUUACAAAACAAAUGGAACAAUUGUUUUGUCGAAUUCUGAAAUAAAAGCCCUUUGUAUACAGAUAAAUAAAAGUAACGCGCGAUGUGUGUUUGUGUAGUGUGUUGGUGAGAUAGUGUAGUUUAGCGCGUCAACACCACUACCAAUCGUGCCUCUGCGUUUGAUUCCAGUGCUGGUAGUGUGUGUGUGCGUGCAAUGUCAUAUUUUUUCUUCACUAUUAUACGAGAGAGGGAGAAAGAGCGAACGGAAGAUUUUGCUGCGAAUGGUCGAACCUGCUGCUUUUGCUUUGCUGCUCGUACGUACAGCGGAGAGGUUUCAGUCCUUUGAAAACGGGUUUGACAGACGCAUGCGAGAAAAAAUUGCGGAAACGAAAUCGCAUCGAAAAUGGGCUUUUUUUGGCCGUUUUUUUCGGUUAACCAUUGUGUAAUACUUAAAAUCAUCUGCCAAUAACAUUCCGUUGCUGGGCGAAUAUAUUGUUAAUGCGAUGUGUGUAGUCUGAAAAACAAGGAGCCAGGUACGCGGUCGUCGCACAAUUAGUUGAUGGAAAUCGAAGUCCCUCUGUCUCCUCCGAAUCUCGUGCACCUAACAAAGGUCGUUGCUAAGAAGAAAAGAAAAUCAACGUAAUGGAAAAUGGAAUGAAAAAUAGGAAAUGUAAAAGGAAACACCGUGCAGGGGAAACCGAACAGCGGACACUAGUGAACGAACCGAACAAGAAAAGUAGCAUUUUAAUGUAAAAAAAUCAACCGUUGCUAAGCAAAAAGUAAAAAAAAACAGAAGAAUUUAGUUUUCGUUCCGUUUGUUUUGUUUUUGUCUGAUUGAAGACAGUAAGAAAAGAGCACGAAUAAAAGUGGUACAGAAAAGCAGCCUUUUUUGUGAUUAGCUAGCUUUUCACACAACCCACUUUUCCCGUACGUUUAAGUAGUAGUAAAGGAACAGGCAUCGCGCGUACACACGACCGUUGUUGGAACGCUGGAGGUGUCACAGCGCGGAAAAUCAGUAGCAACACGCAUCCAUCAUCAUACCACCUUCCAUAUCGGAACGUCGUUUUCUGCUACCGGCACGAGCAAAUAUCCUUUCCUCAUGAAGAACGUACAGAGCGACGGCACGACGAGCGCGCAAUCCGAGGAAGAAAGUGGCAGAAACGAAACGGACAAGCAAACGCGACUGAUAACGAUACGCUAAAGUGAGAUUGAGUGUGUUUGUGUAUGUGUAUAGUUAGUAGGAUAAGGGUGCCUGUCCAGCUCUCCGUAUGAGGAAACAAGCACGGCUGUGUGGGGAUACAUAUAUGACAAGUAGUAGCAGCUGCAGGAGGAGCAGCAACAGCAGCCGCAGUAGUAGUACGUGUAAUCAUACAACGAUAGAGCCAAGGGUCCACCGAUCUAUUUUUUAUACACGAAUUUAAAAUGGAUGCCUACUAUCGAUACGAUCCGACUGCCCCCCGGGGGAUGGGCCCACCUGGUAGUAAUGCCGGUGGGCCGUAUGCGCGGCAUCGAGCCCCACACCCGAUGCAACAGCAGCAACCGCCACCGCAGUCACAAUAUCCUUCCUACCACCAGCCGGGCGGUACAGAUUCAAUGUACUCGAUGCCGGACCAUAGUGCCGCCGGUAUGGCCGGUAUGGGCGACGUGGUGUGGGGGGCACAGCCUCCCCCACCACCGCAAGCCAAUCCGUAUGCGUCCCCAAUGGGUUACGGUCUCCCACAAGGACCACCACAGGGACCAACGCAGCGCCAAACACCUACAGGAUACCGGCAGCACAUGGGAGGAUAUCCGCAACAGGACCCUCAAAAACUGCAGUACCCAACGCAGCAGUCGAUGAUGGGGGGCAUGAUGCCACCUCAGCAAGGCUAUGGCUCAUUAGGUCAGCCCCAGCAGCAGCAGCAGCAACAACAACAACCUCCCCAGCAACAGCAACCGCAGCAGCAACAACAGCAGCAGGCUCAACAACAGCGUGUUUCGCAACACUAUCCACAACCGGGACAUUCCAUGUACCCGGGUGCACCGACCGCGGCGCAAUCCGCGUACGGUGCAUACGGUCCCGCUGCAGCGGCAAUGCAACAGCAUGCGGCGCGCUCGGCACAACAUGUUUACAAUCAGCAUCAGCUGGAUCCGAGCGGGGGUUACGGGCAGCAUCUCGUUAGUGGUGGUCAGGUACCCACAAGCCUGCACCAGCUCGGUGCGCCCCAACAGCAACCGCCCGGAGGUGGCGUUGUCCCGGGAGGUUUAGCUCCGACGCAUCCGUCGCAGCAACCCUCCCAUCUGCCGCCGCAAUCCCAGCAGCAGCAGCUGCAUCAAAGCCACAACAGUCAGCCACAACAGCACCCACAGCAGCAUCCGGGGCUGGCAAGCCUGGGAGGAGGCCCACAAUCAUCACAGCAGCAACAGCAAGGGCAGCAUCCGGGUAUGGUUCACCCGGGAGCGCAACAGUCAAAUGCGCCCGGUGCCGGACUGCAUGGGCUUGGUGGACCGCUCGUACCGCAGCAACAACAUCCUAUGACGCACGGUGCUGGCAUGCCGGGUGUACCAGGUGGUGGAGGAGGAGGUGGGGGAGCAGGUGGACCGGGUGGCGGUGGAUAUGGUGCAAGCGCACCGCAGCAACAAUCGUACCUGCCGAACGCUGCGACGAAGCAACAGCCGACGCAGCACGGUGGAAGUCCCCAGUAUCGGGCUCCAUUCCCUCAGCUCUCCCCGCAGAUGUCACCUCGCCCACCACAAAUGUCUCCCCACACGCAGAUGUCGCCACGUCCCGUAAUGUCACCGGCCAAACCACCGGGCGGUGGUCCGCCGGUUGUUACUUCGCAGUCUCCACAGGCAACGAUAACGUCCACACAUUCACCACAUCUUGGCGCGGGUAUAGUGGCCGGAAGUGGUGGUAUGCAGAGUCCUCGACCACAGUCCGGCACGAAGCUGACGGCGUCGAGCUCUGGAGGCAGUGUUGUGAGUGGUGGCCCCGGUGCGGGCGUCAAUACUACACUACAAGCGCUUGAACAGAUGGUGAUGCCACCGUCCGGUGCGACUGGCAUGGAGUAUGCGCAGGCUGCAGCGGCGGCUGCAGCAGCAGCGGCCGCGGCGGCUGCCUACCGUGGUGGCCCACCGAGCCAUCAGCAGCAGCAGCAACAGAUGGGUGCAAACAAUCCACUGUCACCGCUUGGACCUCGUCUACCGAUGUCCCCACAGCAUCAGCACCAACAUCAGCAGCAACACCAGCAGUGGCCCCCGAUGGCAGCAGUGCAGCAACAGCAGCGUCCUGGUAGCGGUGGAAUUAAUGGUAGCGCUCACCAUGGAAUGGCAGGUCCAAUAGCACCUCCCGGCAGUCAUAUGCCGCCUAUGCACGCACCACAUGCGCCCCAUUUACACCCAGGCGCUCACGGACCACCGCCAUCUCAUGCACAGCAGCAGAUCAGUCAACUGAAUGACAUUUCCAGCCUCAUUCCACCCGUGUCGCAAACCAGCAUGCCUGUGAUACCGCCACCAUCGGCAACGGGUCCACCAGGUCCGCAGGCUUACGGCGGUUUAGACGAUAAGGGACAGCACGGCGUCGGCGGUGUGGAUGUGGCUACGUCGGUCGCAAACGUUCAGCAGCAGCAACCUGUACAUAGCCUUCAUCAGCCACAUCUUUCGCAGCCAACUGGAGCCCAAGCACCUCAACAGCCACCCCAAAUGUCCGCCAUGCAGCAACAAAUGCAACAGCAACAGAUGCUAACCCAGCUGCAACCGGGUUCACAUCUGCCUCCACCAUCUGCCGCGCAACAUCAUGCACCUGGUGGUCCGCAACAACAGCAGCAGCAUCAACAGCAGCAACCCUCGAUGCAUCAUAGUACGCUGGCGGCAAUGCAACCAGCAAGCGGACACGGUGGGGGUGGUGGAAGCCUGUCGCAUUCGAUCUCGCAGCAGCUUCACUCACCGUCAUUUAAUGACGAGAUGCUAAUGUCGCCAAGCGGCCCAAAUCAGCAUUUACAGAGUGUCAACAAUAGUAUGUCGCAGCAGCAGCAGCAACAACAACAAUCUCAGCAAAUGCAGCAGCAGCAGUCGAAACAGCAGCAGGCCGGUCAGCAGCAAGGUGGUGCAGGAGGUGCAUCGCUAAACGAUCUGCCCUCGAUGCAACAUCCGCAUUCUCACCAACAUGCCCAUCCGCACCAGCAGGGAGUCGUGGAAUUGCCACCGAUUUCUUCGAUUACGGAUCAGCAACAGCAGCAACAUCAUUUGCACCAUCAUCACUUACACCACCACCAUCAACAUCAGCAACAGCAGCAACAACAACAGCAUCAGCAACAGCAGCACCUCCAACAUCAUCAUCAUCAACAACAGCAUCAGUCUCAGGCACAACAGCACCAUCAGCAGACAGCUGGUAUGGUGGAUCAAGUUGCAGAUCAGCAGCAACAUCACCAUCAUCAACAGCAACAACAACAGCAGCAGUCUCAACAACAGCAGCAGCAACAACAACAACAGAUGCAGCAUCAUCAGCAUCAGCAACAGCAGCAGCAACAACAGCAACAACAACAGCAGCAACAACAACAACAGCAGCAGCAACAUCAUCAACAAGUUUCUGUUCCUCCAUCAUCGGAUUUCAGCUUAAUCGAUAGCUUAGCAUCGAGCAAUGCAAACGAGGCUCCCUCAAGUUUAGGCCCUACAAUGAUGGGCAAUGCUGGUACACCUGCAUCCGGAGUACCAUCGGUGUACUCACAUGACGCUACCCUUACCCCAUUAGUGCCGAGCGGUGCCGAGGUGGGCGACGCCCGUCAGCAGCAACAGACUCAUCAACAUCAACAACAUUCGCUGGCGGCCGAACAGGCAACGACUGGAAGUAGUAGCAGUAAUGAAGAAUCUCGUGACAGCAUUGUGCCUGCACCGGCCGAAUCCAAUACCGAUGAAUCGAAGUCGUCCAACUCGAAUUCGCUUAUGUCAGGUACGGACUUCGAGGCGCUACAUCAUCAUCAGCAGCAAAACUCUGGCAGUGCGGGAAUGCUUCUCGGACAGGACAAUCUACAAGUCGGAGGCAGUGGUGUAGUUUUGGAUGAAUCGUUGAAAGAUUCAUCCGCCCUGGGAGAUGGCUCGACUUUGCUGGAUUCUGCGAAGCAGGCAGGAGAAGAAACGCUUGGCGGAUACCAUUCGGAUGGAAGUAUGUUGCAAUCGGGUGGUAAUACGGAAACAUCAGCAAUGGACCAACAGCAGCAGCAAAUGUUGCUCGACUCAAUGGAUGUAGCCGCUCCGGCAGGAUUGACAGACCUACAGGCUCCGGAGGUGACGACUGCAACCAAGAGUCCCAAUGAGACGCUCGUGCCGACGUCCACCACAACUGCAGUGAGCGAUAGUACGAUAUCACCUGGCGGAGAGCCCAUCAUUUCCACGAGCAGCGGUACCGGGCUCAUGUCGAGUAUUGGUGGACAACCCACAACUGUCACCGGUUCGUCUGCUACCUAUGCGCAAACGUUGAGUGGUCAGUUGUCGCAACCCAUGGCACCUUCCGCUGCACCUGGAUCGACGAUGUAUGGAAUGCACCCGGUCGGAGGUACAAUGAUGCAGCAGCAGCAGCAGCAGCAGCAACAGCUGCAAGGUGUGCCUGCUGCCGGUCAAACGGUAACUGCGGGAGGCGACUUAAUGGUUCCACCGCCGCCGCCUCCAUAUCAAACGCCACCCAUGAUGUCGCACAGCCAAGAAAGAGCGGCAAUUAAGCAGCAGAUGCAGGACAUGUACAAGUUACCGAUGGCAGACAAUCAGGAAAAGAUGAUGCGUCUUCAAGAACGGUUAGCAAUGUUGCAGCAGCACGAAGCUGCGGACGGUUGUCAGGGACUUGGUCCACAGCCCUGUCUUCUGAUGCAACCACCUCAUCCGCUGUAUCCAGUCGCACCUACGAUGACAUCGGUCGCAGCUGCUGCAGCAGCAGCCAUGAUUGACAGUCCUCAGGUGACGAGCACAACCGGACGCGGACGUGGUCGAACGCCCUCGAGCAAACCGCGCAAACCUCGAGCAAAGAAAGGUGACAAACAAUUAGGCCAACAGGAAGCAGCGGCAGCCGCGGCAACUGUGGUAGGACAGACGGGUCUUAUCACGUCAGGCGAUGAGACGUCUCAAUCCAACGUGGUUGCACCGUUCUCGGUGACAGCUGCGGCCACGGGUAUAACAACGCCCACGCCAACGACGUUGUUACCCGUAUCGGAAGAUUCGGUAACCGCUGGUACUGGUCUGCCUGAAGUUAGCCCUGAUGGCAGCAGUUUCCACGAGCUGAUGUCGCUAGAAAGCAGCGGAGGCGGAAUUGGAGUGACUGGUGGUGGUGAUCUCUCUCAGGACAAUCUAUCCUGUAGUGGCACCGGCGAUCUUGAUACUUCGACUGAUGCCAGCGGCAAGAAGAUAAAGAAACCACGAAAACCACGAGAGCCGAAAAAACCGGCCAAGGGUGCUACCACGACGGGUGAUGGUGUGAAGGAACCGACCCCGAAGAAGGAAAGCAAAAAGAAAGAAUCGAAGGAAAGUAAGAAAAAGAAAAAGAAGGUUGUGGCGUUGAGCGAUGGUGACAAUUCAAUGUCCAUGGAGGAUGAGCUUCCGGACGGAGGCAUUACUGCCGAGCUGGAGCUUUCCAAAUCAGGCACUACGACUAGCGAAACUGACGAGAAUCAGUCUUUGGCUUCAUUGAUGAAUGCACAAAAUUCUAACGAUGCUAAUGCUGCAGCGCCAAGCACAGCGAUGUCCGUUGAGAGUGUCGCGGAAGAAGGAAAAGAGAAGGACGAAGCAUCUGUUUCAACGGCAAGCAGCGUGGUUGAAUCUACUGCAAAGGAAGACAGCGAUGCUACUUCUUCCAAUGCUGCUAUUGAUGGUGAAGUAGCAGAGGAAAAGGAAGAUGAGAAAGUCGCAUCGGCCACAGCUAAGAAAGUGGAACAGGAAGGUGAAGUUGAUGGUGACGAACAGUCGAAGGCAGCGAUUACCACUACGAGUGAAGCUACUGAAGGUGGUGUGCCAAUGGAAGACGUUACGGACUUCGAUGAUAUCCCUGUGUCGAAAAUUAGCAAGAGCGAACUAAACAAGGAAGAGCAGGAGAAGACGGACGCGCAGGAGGAGGGCGCUAACGUCGAACCGGAACCGGAAACUCCGACUAAGAGCAAGAGCAAGAAGAGCAGUAAAAAGAGCAAAGAACCUGGCAGCUCGGAGGGCGGCAGCAGCAGUAGCAGAAAUCGUAGCCGCCCUAGUGGAGGCGGCAGUUCUUCUUCGCGACGCAGUGGUGGAAGCAAGUCGAGCGGUGGUGGAUCUAAGAGUAGAUCGCGGCGUAGCCGCAUGAUCGUUACGGAGUCAGAUGGCGAAGGCGAUGAUUUGCUAAGCACACCGCCACCGUCGCCUCCACCAGACACAGAGGCGGACAGUUCGAAACGCCGAUCGGCACGAAAUACGCAACGCAAGAAGUAUGUAGAUGAUGUGAUGUUGCGCUUUUCUGACGAUGAAUCCGGUAUCAUUUCACCGACGCCUACCAGUGGCAGGAAGGAUCGCCGCUCGGACGGUGGGUCGGAACGGAAGGAGGGUUUGGCGCCAACAGAUGUUGCACUCGUGAGUGGUGAAGCAGGUGCAGCAGCCCCUGAUGGAUCGGUGAUAGGUGCGACUGGCGAAGCAGGUGGCACAGCCGGAUCGGGAAGUGAGCUGCCGACAGAUGAGAACAAAGUGAGCACAUCGGAUGCAGCCAAACUGCCCACGGGUACGGCAGAGCUUGGACCAGAUGGAAAACCACUAGAUGAUGCGUCGAAACCCAAUGCAAAUUACGUUUACGUCAACACAUCAGAAGAGGAUUCGAUGGUGGUGCAAUACGUGCUCGCAGUUCGCAAGGGUAGGCGAGAGUUGAAACCAGAUCCUCCGCCGCCCCCACCGAAGGAAAAAACUCCUGAACCCGUUGAGGGAGUUUCCACUGAAGGGGUGAAGAGCGAACCCAAGGAGGAGGAGGCAAUGGUUGAAGGUAAUGAAGCAACCACCACAGAUGCAGAGGUCAAAGAAGAAAGUAAAGAUCUUGCUGAGAAUGACAAAGAAAAAGAAAAGGAAGAAACGGGCGAUGCCGAGGUCAAGGAAAGCGAAGAUAAAGAAAACACAACUACAACUACUGCAAUGGAAACGGAUGUAGAAAGCAAAGCUGAUGCAGAGAAAGACACCGCUGAUCUCGCAACUACUGACAAGAAUUCUGAAAAUGAACAGAAUGAACCUGCAGUUGAGCUUUCCAAAGCAGAUGAAAAAAUGGAAACGGACGAACAACAGGAUGCAGUGACACCGGCUGAAAAACAUGGUCCUUCGGAAGAGAUCACAGAUAAAACAACUACAGCAGAAAAUGAACAACAGGAAAAAGAGUCUGCAGAUGUUGUGAAGGAAAAUAUGGAGAUUGACGAAGAGCCUCCUAAAACUGCUGUUACUGAGGACACCACAGGUACGGUGGAAGAUAAAAGUUCUACUCAGUCGAAUGGCGAAGAGCCAUCGCAAGAACAAGCUUCUGAACAAGCUGAAGCUAACAAAGAGCCAACGAAGCAGCAAGAGGACAGCGGUGAAAGUGUUGAAAAGAUGGAAGAGAACGAAGUAUCCGCUAGUAGCGAAAAGAAGGAUGAAGAAAAACUAAACACUGAGGAAGUAGUUAAGAAGGAGGAAGGUUCCGAAGAACCUGAAGCUGUUACUGAUAAGAACUCGGAUGUAGUCAAAAAAGAGGAACAGGAAAGUGCAGUAACGGAAGAGGAAAAGAAGCCAGAACCUGUGUUUAUCGACGUGGAAGAAUACUUCGUUAAGUAUCGUAACUUUUCCUACUUGCACUGCGAUUGGCGUACCGAAGAUGAGCUGCUGAAAGGUGACAAGCGUGUGGGAAACAAAAUCAAGCGUUUCCUUAUGAAGCAACAACAGCAACUAAACAUCUUCGAGAGCCUGGAUGAAGAACCUUUCAAUCCUGACUUUGUUGAGGUUGAUCGCGUGUUGGAUGUGUCAGAGCUGGUCGACGAUGAGGGCAAAACCGUGAAGCACUACCUGGUGAAGUGGAAGAGUUUGCCGUACGAAGACAGCACCUGGGAACUGGAGGAUGACGUCGAUCAGCUGAAGAUCGAGCAGUACUAUAAGUUUAAUAAGAUUCCUCCCAAGAGCGAAUGGAAGACUAAGAAACGGCCGCAUCCGGACCAGUGGAAGGCACUCCCAGAGUCACCUACGUACAAGGGUGGCAACAAAUUGCGUCCCUAUCAGUUGGAAGGUUUGAACUGGUUGCGUUACUCAUGGUACAAGGGCAACAACUGUAUUUUGGCCGAUGAGAUGGGGCUGGGUAAGACGAUCCAGAGUCUCACGUUUGUCAAUUCCGUGUACGAGUACGGAAUUCGCGGUCCAUUCCUGGUAAUUGCCCCAUUGUCGACCAUUCCUAACUGGCAGCGCGAAUUCGAAGGUUGGACGGAGAUGAAUGUGAUCGUUUACCACGGAUCGGCGACGAGUCGGCAGAUGAUACAAGACUAUGAAGUGUACUAUCGUACCGAGACGGGCAAGUUAAUCCGUGACAUUACCAAGUUUAAUGUGUUAAUCACAACGUUUGAAAUGAUAGUGACGGAUUAUCAGGAUCUAAAGAACUUUACGUGGCGUGCUUGUGUGAUUGAUGAGGCACAUCGUUUGAAGAACAGAAACUGUAAGCUACUGGAGGGUUUACGGCAGUUAAAUCUCGAACAUCGUGUAUUGCUUUCGGGUACACCGCUCCAGAACAAUGUAAACGAACUGUUCUCGUUGUUGAAUUUCCUCGAGCCGAGCCAGUUUGCGUGCAGCGAAGAGUUCCUGCGCGAGUUUGGCAGUCUUAAAACGGAGAGUGAGGUACUGAAACUGCAAGCACUGCUAAAGCCAAUGAUGUUGCGCCGUCUGAAGGAUGAUGUGGAGAAAUCAUUAGCACCGAAAGAGGAAACGAUCGUCGAGGUCGAGCUGACAAAUAUCCAGAAAAAGUACUAUCGAGGUAUACUGGAGCAAAACUUCUCGUUCCUCAUGAAGGGUACAACAUCAGCAAACAUUCCAAACUUGAUGAACACAAUGAUGGAGUUGCGAAAAUGUUGCAUUCAUCCGUACCUGCUGAAUGGGGCGGAAGAUCAGAUCCAAUACGAUUACCGACAGCAGCAUGGCGAGGACGCAGAGUCUUAUUACAAAAAUUUGAUCGUAUCAUCAGGUAAAAUGGUACUGAUUGAUAAACUGUUGCCAAAGCUGCGGGCCAAUGGGCACCGUGUAUUAAUUUUCAGUCAGAUGGUUCGCUGUCUAGAUAUUCUGGAGGAUUAUCUGAUGUACAAGAAGUAUCCGUUCGAACGUAUCGAUGGGCGCAUUCGGGGUAACUUGCGGCAAGCUGCUAUCGAUCGAUAUUCCAAACCGGAUUCCGAUCGAUUUGUAUUUUUGCUUUGCACGAAAGCAGGCGGUUUGGGUAUUAACUUGACCGCAGCCGAUACGGUCAUCAUCUACGAUAGUGACUGGAAUCCACAGAACGAUCUACAGGCACAGGCAAGAUGUCAUCGCAUUGGACAACAGAAGAUGGUCAAGAUCUAUCGGUUGCUCUGUCGCAACACGUACGAGCGAGAGAUGUUCGACAAAGCAUCGCUUAAGCUUGGUUUGGAUAAAGCCGUUCUGCAGAGCAUGAACACGGGUCAAAACAAGGAUGGUACACAGCGGCAGCUAUCGAAGAAGGAGAUCGAAGAUCUGCUUAAGAAAGGCGCAUACGGUGCCGUGAUGGAUGAUGAUGCGGGUGAUAAGUUCUGCGAGGAGGACAUCGAUUCGAUUCUGUUGCGACGUACACAAGUUAUUACGAUGGAAAGCGAAAAGGGUUCAACCUUCUCGAAGGCAUCCUUUGCUGCUUCGGCUAAUCGCAGUGACAUCAAUAUAGACGAUCCCGACUUCUGGAACAAAUGGGCUAAAAAGGCGGAAAUUGAUCCGACCGCGUGCGAGAAGGACGAAACGGAAGAUCUGGUCAUUGCGGAACCACGACGUCGUACGCAGAUUAAGCGUUAUGGGCACGAUGAUGGCGUGAUGGACAUUUCCGACGAAUCGUCCGGCGAACAGGGCAGCGAUGGUGAAGAGGGUGGUAUAGGAUUGAAAACUCGCAGCAAACGCACGCGCGGUGCUAAGGAACGUAAAAAACUGCAGCAACAGAUGCAGCACGACGAUUAUGUACCGCGUGAUCGAGAAACGCUCGCGGUUCUCGGCGCUGAUGAAGUUUCCUACGGCAAUUGGGCACGGUCGGAGUGUUUCAAGGUGGAGAAGGGAUUGCUAUCGCACGGUUGGGCGCGUUGGACAGAAAUACUCGAACAGGGACAGUUCAAGCGUGGCUGGCGAGAGCAAGACGUUGAGGAUUGUGCUCGUGUGAUUCUUUUGUACUGCUUGGAGCGAUAUCAGGGUGAUGAGAAAAUUAAAAACUUCAUUUGGGACUUGAUAACGCCUAACGAAGGUGGAGAGCAGCGUGAAAUCGCACGCAAUCACAGCGGUCUGCACAAUUUGGUGCCUAGAGGACGCAAUGCCAAAGGACGGAAAUCAUCUUCCGCAUGUACCACACCGAAACGCGAAGCGUCUAAUUCUGCUGGCACGGGAAGCAAUGGUGGUGGUUCUCCUAUAAUAGCUCAGCCGGCUGGAUCGACCACACCUGCUCCUCAGUGCAGCGGAACGGCCGACGCGAAUGAAGAUGCAUCUUCGAACUCAUCCGGCACGAAAGCGGAAAAAUCGGCCAAAUCAGGCUCGGACACUGGCGGCACAACGACACCCGUAUCCGAUCCACACCACUGGAGCAAGGACGAAAAAUACGAUACCGAGACACUGCUCGACAUCAACUACAAGAAGCAUCUUACCAGACACGCAAACAAGGUGCUGCUACGCGUUCGUAUGUUGUACUACAUAAAGCACGAGGUGCUUGGCGAUUUAGUGAAUCAAAUCAACGAAGGUGCCAAUGCCAGCGAUCUCCCAAUUCGGCCACCGCCUACGCCCGAUCAGCUGCCGUGCUCAUGGUGGAAUCCAAAUUGUUGCGAUCGAAGUUUGUUGGUGGGAACGUACAAACAUGGCUGCGAAAACUACCGUGGGAUGCGGGCGGAUCCUAUGCUCUGCUUCCAGAGCCACUGCGGUCCCGGUGACGGCACCAUCGAAGAGGCAACGAUUGUGAAAGAAAAUGAUGAUGAUGCAAAUUCAAAGCUCGGUGACAAUGAAGAAGACCCGGAAGAUGGUGUUCCAUCGGAAACGACCCGGUCAGCAUCCGUCGGUAUUGAAUCGAAGGAUGAUGAUGAAGAAUCCACAGUUGGUACGGCUAGUGCAGCACCGACGCCUGCCCCAUCGGAUAUGAAUCCGGAGCUGGCCUGGCCAUCAAUGCAGGAUCUGAACACACGAUUGCGGCGCGUCAUCACAUCGUAUCAGCGCAACUACAAGAAGGAAGAACUGAAACAGCAGCAAAAGGCGAAGCUACAGACGAUAGUUCCUCCACCGGGUACUCCAACCCUUUCUGGACAAACGUCUUCAUCACCAUCAACACCGUCGACAACACCUGGCCCAAUGAUCAUAACGCCUUCGCAGCAACAAGUACAGCAAGGACAAAUGACAACAUUGCAGCAACAGCAGCAGCAACAGGUAGCGGGUCAGAUUGUCGGUUCCAGUGGUUCACCAAUGGUGGUAGGGUUAAAUCAUCCCUCCGCGACUGGUCCGUUAGGUGCCGUUGGAACUACUGGUGCGAGCACCGGAGGUCUUGCUCUAGGAUCCACCGGAGUUCCACAGGGUAAAGGUGUACAGCAGCAGCAGCCACUACCUUCAACGAGCGGUAACAGUGGCUCUGGUGGUCUGCAAGCACCUACCGCUGGCAUGCCGACGGCAGCAGACUUCAGCCUGAUGCUCAGUCUAGGUCUCGGCCUGAAUCCGGCCGAUCCAAAUCAGCUGGCGAAUAUAGAUCUUCAGAAACUAGCAAUGUAUUUGAAAAUGGAACGCCGCGAGAAAAACGAACAGGUUAUGCGCGAACGUGAGCGUGUUAGGUUGGAUCAGAUACCAAAGAGAUGGACCCGUCGUGAAGAAAAUGAAUUUAUUCGUGUCCUCACAGGCUAUGGUAUCGAUCUGCAACCCAACACCACCGUCCCUACACCUGACUGGAGUCGGUUUAAAGUGUUCGCCAAGUUGGAUAAGAAAACGGACGAAAAUUUGAGCGACUUUUACAAGGUGUUCAUUGCCAUGUGCAAAAGGCAAGCUGGUGUAAAGCUAAGCGAUGACGAGAAAGGACUCGAAGGUCUGGUUGAUGAUGUGACGGAAGAUCAUGCCAAGUUGAUUCUGGAUCGGUUGGAGUUGUUGUCGAAGGCGCGUCAGAUAGUGAAACAUCCCAAGCUGGAAGAAAACAUUCGUCUGUGCGAAAAUAACCUCGACACGCCUGACUGGUGGAUACCUGGGCGACAUGAUCGAGAACUAUUGCGAGCCGUCCUGAAGUACGGUAUCUAUCGAUCGGAACAGUUAAUUCUAGCGGACUCCGAAUUUCCAUUUUAUGAAUCGGCUAAAAAAUAUUUGCAACAGUUAGAGAUGCAAAUUCAGUUGCAAAAUCAACAGCUGCUGAAAAUGCAAGCCGAAGCUGCAGCGGCUAAGGCUGAUGCAGCUGCUAAUGCAACAUCGGAAGUAGCGGCAUCAUCUGAGAAGGUUGCUACUGUUGUACAAUCCGAUAUGCCCGUCAAAAAGGAAAAGGAUAGCAUCGUACCCGUUACUACAAUGGAAGUUGAUGGAGAAAAGACUGUUUCGGAUGCAUUGCCGAAGGUAGAGCUAGUCGCUCCUGUUUCACCUGUCAAGAAGGAAGUCGAUGAAGCGCCGGAAACGAUAGAUGCUGCUCCUACGGCUAAACCGCCGACAGAAGUCACUACAUCAGUUGCCAGUACCGUAAGAGAAACUUUAACAACUACGGAAAGUCCAAAGGAGGAAUCCACUUUACCGGAAAAUUCUGAGAUAUCCAAAGAACAAAAAAUGGAAACGGAAAACGAAACCGUUGAGAAAGAUGCUCCUAAAAAGGUGUCGGUUGAAGAGGAGACGGUAGAGAAGGAAAGUUCAACUGAGACUGGAGUAUGUCAGAACGUAUCAGAAAAGGAAGCUGUCGAUGAUGUACCGGCAAAUGAAGGUGCUGCCCCAUCGUCAGAUUCUCCCAUCAAGCUCAAUAGCGAUGCUGAGAUGAGUGAAGAAGUAAAAGUGGAUGAAUCCGUUAAGGAAACAUUACCAGUAGAUGAUGAUGCGACUAAAGCAACCGAGGAAAAGAAACCGGAUGACGCAAACGCUAAUACCACGGAUGACAAAGAAGUGGAGGCAAAGAAUGAAGACGAAAGUGAGAAGAUCAAUAAGGAAGUUCCGGCAGAAACUGAGAAAGAAUUAGUAGUAUCGCCAGAAAACGGAAGUGAAAAACUACAGCAGGAGCUUGUCUCUAGUGAUGAUAGUAAAAUGGACGUCGAUGCUGCUAGCACUGAGGAUAAGGAAACAACCGAAGUACCGUCCAAGGAAACGGAACCGACAAACUCUGAAGUAGCAGCUGCCGUAGCGAAGGAACCUGAAGAAUCUGCCGAUACAAGCAAGGAUUCUGUCAAGGACAAGGAAGACAAAGAAGAGACAGAAACAAAGGAGGAGAAGAAGGAAGAGGAGAAGGAACCAGUGACGGAAAAGAUGGAUACUAACGACGUAUCAACUGCUGAUAGUGAUGAAUUGGCAAAGAAAGAAUCCGAUACUGUUGCUGUCCCUGCACCGGAAGGAAAUGAGGCAAUGGAGGUUGAUGAACAGCCGACGGUUGUCGAAAAGAUAGACGAAAAGACUGAGGUUCCGCAGCAGCAGGAAGUGCAAAAGGAGCAAGAUGUUCAACCCAUGGAAGCUGUUACAACAUCCGAGCCGGCUUCACCCGGAAAUUCGAACAAGACGGAUGAUGAAAAGAAAUCCGAAGCUGUCGCACCAGAGUCUCCGAAAAUGGAUACAGAAGUGGAUUCGUCAAAGGUUUUGGCAGAAAAUAAAGAGAAGGAAGCAAAUGUCGAGGAAACUAAGCAAGAAGGAACCGUCGAAGAAGGAGCAAGCGUCACCACCGAAUCUGUGGAUGUAGUGAAGGAAACCCCAUUAGAAGAGCCAGCCCUCGACAAGGACCAAUUGAAAGAAAAGGCUGAAAAGGUUGCAGAUUCUUCUGCUGUGUCAGAAACAAACGUUGAAACAACCGAACUGGAGGAACCAGCUGUUCGUUCGUCACCCGCUAAGGACACUAACGAUGGUACGACCUCAGUUAACGACCACGAGAAGAUAUCUGAGCAAGAGCCUGAUAAAGCAAAGGAAACUGUGAAGGAUAUUGAACUGGAAGCUGAAAAGACUGUUGACAAUACCGCAGAAAAGCCAGUUAAACAAGAAACGGAAGUAACGGCUGAAGUUGUUGAAACUGAAAAGCCUAGUGAAGAUGUUGUUGCACCGGCGGACGCCAAGACAGUAGAGGCAAUUAAACAGCCUGCUGCUCGUUCACCAUCGCCCGACGUUAUCAUCGUGGAGGAGAAGAAACCAAUCGAAGUGAAAGCAGUUGUAAAUCUUACCGAUGAGGAACGUUGCACACAGCAGACCGCUGCACUAAAGGCGCGAUUCCCUGAUUUGGAAGUGUUCCAGCCGCUGAUGAAAUUAAAGCAGCUGGAUAACAGCCUUACCAAGGAAGAUUUGAAGAAUAUGAGCAAGUUCGCCAGCAUGAUCGAUACAUCGAUGAUCGUUAAAUGGUUCCGUGAUUUUGCGCUAGAGCGCCGUGUUGGUCAUAUCAUCUACUGCGUCGAGCAUGGCGAGUGGCCGGUGGGCAAAUCGUAUUCGGCAUACACGGGCUGUCUGGGUAUCGACUUAGACAUUCCACUGUACGAAACGAUCAAGCGCAUCAUUCCAGUGAACGAUGAGGUGCGCCGGUCAGCAUCCAGCACACCGGAUGUAAUUACGAUCACUACCGAUCAUCAGAAUGCAAAGCAGAUCAGCAAUCAGGCUGCGGCAAUACAGCAACAGUCCGGUGGCGUCGGUGGUAUGCCAUCUGCCGGAGGAAGUAUUAGCACUGGCAGUAGCGUUCUUGGAGCGGCAUCAUCGUCUUCGGCGGCGAUGAACCAUCAGUCUAUGUCGGUGGCCGCGGCAGCGCAUGCCGCCGCUGCACAUGCGGCAGCCGCAGCCGCUGCUGGCGUGACAGUACAGCCUGCAAGUAAGAAACGCAAACGCCACAUUGCUAUCGAUGUUGAAACCGAGCGAGCGAAAUUGCAUGCGCUACUGAAUAAUACACAGAGUCCAGUUCCAACUGGAAAAGCGCAGCCUUCACACACAGCAACAUCAAACAGCGGUGCUGGAAGUGGUCUGCAGUGGAAUGACGAUGAUGUGCAGGAAGUGGUUAGCAGCAGAAGCAAUGCGCGAGGAGGUUCGAAUAGUGCAAACUCGAAUGUAUUGCAGCCUCCGCCUGCGCAUCAGCAUGGUCCGCGGAACCAGAUGUCCUAUCCGAAGCCGACUCUCAUUCCUGGCACUUCCAGUACGCUGACACCAAUCGAUUUGUCUUCGAGCUACAGUUUACCCAAAGUGAAUAUUGCUGAUAUGAUAAAAAGCAGCAGUGGUAUGGGAGGAAGCGGUGGCCCAAUGGAUCUCAGCGAGGUGCAGGACUUUUCGAUUGGAAAGAACAAAAAAUCCUCCAGCAAUCAACUUCCAAGCGGUAUCAGCAUUACGAGCGCUAGUGGACCAACAUCUAGCAUGAUGCUAGGCCACCAACAUCAGCAAUCGCCAUCGGCUGCAGUGGCUGCUGCAGCUGCUGCUGGCAAGGGCAAGUUGAACGACAUGCUGUCUAAGCUGAUGAAGAAGAACAACGUGAGCGUACCGAUCGAAGAGCCACCGCUCGGUAAGGAGAAGAAGAGACGAAAGCUAGACGAGAUUGUGCUUGGUCUUUCUGCAGCAAAGGAGCAUAAAACGAUUUUCGGCGAUCCGACACCGCCGGGUGGAAGCUUCUCCGGUAGUUCUAUGAAGAAACCGCAGAUACCGCCAUCGGUUUCGGUUACUCCUGCGAGUGCCCCGACAUCCGUCAGCCAACAACCGCCACAGAAACCAUUCACCAUCACCGUUACGAGCGUUCCGGGCAAUCCUAGAGGCAGUCAGGGAUCUUCCGGUGUCGGUGGUGGAUCUUCGUCAAGCAGUGGAAAUAAUGCGGCAGUGGCAGCAGCUAGUAUGCAAGCUGCGCUGCAAGGUCUGUCCGGUAUGGGUGGCGCAAUGUCGACCAAGGAUAGCCUGAACGCACUGUUUGCCCAGGCCGCUCAGGUCGAACAGCAGUCGUUCCUGAAACAGCAACAGAAACUAAUUCAAUCGCUACCGGCCAACUCACCUCAGCGUAAAGCGUACGAAGCUAUGUUCGCUGAGAUGAAGCAGGCGGCCGAAUUAAGCUCGAAGCUGGGUCAGUAUGGUAGUGCACAUGAUGCCAAGGUAAACAAAUGGCUCGCCGAACAAACGGCCGCCUUAACCGAGCAAGCGAUGGGUAUGGAUUACCUUUCGCGGUCUCGCUCGAGAGGUGGCGGCAGCUCAUCGGCGCAAAAUUCACCACAGGGAGGCGGUGGGUCGAGUUCUCGUUCAACGCGAGGAUCCGCCAACAGCCUUCAACAGCAGCAACAACAGCAGCAGCAACAACAUCAUCACCAGCAACAACAGCAGCAGCAGCAACAACAACAGCAGCAGCAGCAGCAACAACAACAACAACAGGCUGAUAGCAAUCCGAUGGCGUUCAAUUGGAAGAACUUGACCGGGGACGAGUAUGUCGCCGUAAUAAACAAAAUCAAUGGCAAACGGUUGACAGGCAACAAGGCACCGCAAUUGAAGCGGUUAACGCAAUGGUUGGCUGACAAUCCGGCGUACGAGAUUGAUCCAAAGUGGGCAGAAUCCAUAACGCUUCCCGGUGGACCAGCGACAAUGUCGUCAUCGAAGGGUUCCGACGGUGGUUCCACAGCGAAGCAGAUGCGGGCAGCAAAUGCGGCUGCAGCCGCUGCCGCGAACCAGUACGGUUCUUCAGGUGCUGGAAGUGGUCAACAGCAGUCCUCCGGUUCUGCGUCGUCCUCGUCGUCGAAGAAACACUCCCAGAGCAGUAACAAUGCUGCAGCCGCGGCUGCGGCCGCUGCCGUCAACAUGCAGUUCCCGGGACUGGCCGGAUUAAAUGCCAAUCUGCUCUCCAGCAUUCCGGGUUUGGGUAGCUUCGAUCCUAAGAAUAAUCCUCUCCUGAUGCCGUUCGGUGGCAUGCCGGGUCUAGCCGGGCUCGGUGGGCUUGGCAAUUUGGGCAACAUGAAUCUCUUCUCGAAUCUGGCUGGACUGGGUGGACUGUCUGGGGCAGGCGGUGGAAUGGACGCCCAAAGUCUUGCCGCCAUGAUGGCUGCUGCGGGUCUAGAUCCAACGGCGGCUCUCGGUGCCGCAGCAGCAGCAGCCGCUGCUGCUGGUGGAGGUACACCAACAAAGGGUGGAAACACUGGAAGCAAAUCUCGCGGAAAAUCGUCCACGUCACAAUCGUCCGCAGUGAAUGAUGGUGCCGGAACGUCUUCUUCGGGCGGAUCCGGACAACAGGGAAGUGGAUCGUCCUCGAAAAAUCAGCAACAACAAGCGGCCGCUGCGGCGGCUGCUGCAGCAGCUGCAGCCAACAGCCAGUUCCCAUUCUUCUUCCCCAACCCGAGCUUGCUAUAUACGCCGCUUGGGUUGGGAGGCCUAAAUCCAUACGGAUUGCCAGGUGUAAGUGGUAGCACUACGGGCACGUCCUCGUCGACGACCACCUCCAGACAGUCACAAUCGAACAAGCAAAAUUCCCGUGGCGGAGGUAUGGGAUCUGGUGGGGGUAGUUCCUCUCAGUCGGCAUCCUCACCCGGUAGCAGUGGAAAGGGGCGUGGUUCGUCAAGUUUAAGUCAGCAGCAGCAACAACAGCAACAGCAAGCUGCGGCGGUAGCAGCCGUACACCAACAAGCCGCCCGUGAAGCGGCACAACUUCAGCAGCUGCUGUUACCGCACGAUACACACCUACUAGAAUCGCUCACGCGAUCCGCCGGAUUGGACAUAUCAGCUGCAGCCGCAGCGGCUGCUGCGGCCGCAGCUGGACAAGGCAGCGGUUCUGGAAGCGGUCGUGGUGGAAGCUCAUCAAGCGCCUCGGAGAAGCAACGGGCUCGGGAGAGUGCGGCUGCACAGCAAGCGAACAAGCAGGCGCUGGAGAAGCUUGAACGUGAGCGACGUAAGAUCCUGGAAACGCUUACGGCCGGCGGAUUCCCGGCUGAUUUGGCGGCAAUGCAGGCGGCAUUUAGUGCCACGAGCAAAAUGCCAUCCUCGUCACAUUCAUCUUCAUCGUCAUCGAAGGGCGGUGGCAGCAGUAGUUCCGCAUCUGCAUCGGCACAAGCGGCAGCUGCAGCCGCAGCGAUGGCAGCAAUGUCAUCUAAGGACAUGCAGUUACCGAUACCGCCCGAGUUUAGCCAGGCGCUGUUUGCUGGUAUGGCCGCGCACGCUCUGUCAGCAUCGGCCGGUGGUAGCGGCGGGGCAGGAUCAAGCGGAUCGGGUGGCCGAUCGUCCUCGCCAUCAUCGGCGAAGAAAGCACGCGAGCACCAGGAUCUGAAGGAUGCCUUCGAGCAGCUAAGCAAGAACCCGAUCGAGCUGCUUGCUCGCAGCCUUGGCGUAGGUCCAGCAAUUUCGCUCAUUCCGACCUCAUCAUCGUCAUCCUCAUCAACGCAGUCCGUUUCGGAAUCGAAACGAGCGCGUCAGGAAGCGGCACAACUGCAGCACCAUCUAGCCAAGCUCGAUGCGAAAGCACUUCUGAUGGGAGCAGGAGCACAUGACGAAAUGAAAUCGUCAUCAUCGCGUUCGAGUCGUUCUAGCGCCGCCGCGGCUUCUAGUUCGGCAUCGGAAUCUUCGGCCGCCGCUCUGUUGGGUUUGGAUAAGGUCACGCUAACACCGGUUGCGGCGGCCAGUAUUGCUGCAUCUCUUCCCUCACAAACCACGAUCUCUUUGGCGCCUUCUCCAUUGCCCGGUACAGGAUCAUCUUCUUCGUUGAACCUUAGCGCUAAGAGUCCGGCCCUGUCGAGCUCGUCGUCAUCGUCGAGCAGUGGAAUGUUGGAACAGCGCGAGCGCGAGCGCGAUCAUCAUCAUCGUGAGCGGGAAAGGGAACGGGAGCGAGAACGAAGUGAACGGCAUGAGCGCCAUGAACGUGAUCGGCUGGAGCGACUAGAACGGCGCGAUAGGGAUGAACGUGCUGUAGCAGCGGCUGCAGCCGCUAUGGCAGCAGAACGGUUAGAACGAUCCGCCGACCGAAGCUUACGAUCGGCGGUAGAAAGUAGCAUCGCGGCAGACCUCAGUCGUGCGGCCGCGGCCGGUCUCUCCGUCUCGUUGGCGACUCCACCGGGUGGAGCUGGAACCUCAUCAUCCGCGAGCAGCAGUAACAGCUUGCUCGGCGCAACACUAUCGCUGUCGGCUCUAGCUGGAGGAAAUCCACAGAACCUAUCUUCCGGUGGCGGAUCAACAAGCGCCUCAAGUUCCACGAAUACUGCUGCGGCAGCUAUAGCCGCUGUUGCACCGUCAGCGGUUGAAGGUGGUAGCAACACGCCAAGUAGUGUAGGUGGUGGUGGAGGUAGCGGUGGCAGUGGAGGUAACCACGAUAUGGAUCUCGAGGAUUUGAUUGCUCCUUCAAAGCUGUCGAAAUCAAGCGGUGGUGUGCUGAACGACGAGGAAGUAGAUCCACAGAAGCAGAUCAUGUUGCUGAAGCAAAAGCAAAAGCUGCUCCAGCAGGAACAUCUGAAGAAGGUACAUGAAGCUCAAGAGGCGCAGCGGUUGAUUGAGCAGCAGCGAAUUUUAGCGUCUGCUGCAGCUGCAGCAGCUGCAGUUGCUGAGCAGAAGCAAAAACACUAUCAGCAACCAGAACACAACAGCAGUGCAGCAGGUGCUGGAGGAGAUGAUGCGCCCGACCACACGUCAUCGUCUGUCGGCCAUAGUAAGGAAGAGGAGGAUAGAGGGUUGAUGAUGUUGGAUCGUCACGCAAGUGUCAAGCGCCGCCGUGAGGAAAGUCACGAAAUGGCGGACGAUGUGGAUAAGGAACAUGUGCGCACAACGCCGGUUCCUGCCGAUCAUCACCAUCAACGGCACGAAAUGGAUCUUAGUCAUGACGAGUCGACGAAACGAGGGCGUGACGAAAGGCCACCUUCCAGUACAAGCAACAUGGCAGACCAUCUGCAACAACAUGCUCGUUCCGAUGCAGCAGGAUCAUCUUACGAGGAUCACGAAAUGAUGAUGAUCGGAGGUGGCGGUGACAAGUCUACGGCAGGAACUUCCGAAUCCGAUCACGAGACAGCCGGAGUAGGCGGAUCGUCAUCCUCGCAUCACCACCAGGAUGACGAUCGGCGUCGCACAUCACGCCGUCAUCAAUCUUCACACCACAAUCAGCUGUUGGACAGUGGGGCUAUCUCGGGCGCCGAGGACGAAGCGAAUCGUUCGGAAUCGGAAAAAUCCAUCCCCGAAACGGCACCCCUGGCGUCCUCGGCCCGCAAAUCCACCCGGUCCAGUACGGACGCGGCCAAUUCCAGUGGUUGUGAGUCAAGCGCACCGUUAUCGUUGGCAGGCUCAUCCUCCUCUGCACUGGCGGCAUCGGUCAACACACCGUCCGGUGGCAGCGCCGGUCGAAGAACGACGCGCAGCAAACGGCCUCGUAGUGGGGAGGAUCUGGAAUCGACGAUCGGUGUACCGGAACGAAAGCGAGAACUGCGAUCCAGUGCCGGACGGCAGGCAGCAGCAGCUGCUGCACGGAUGGCAGCGGAAGCGAAAGCGGCCGCAGCAGCUGCAGCUGCUGCCGCAGCGGGUGGUACCUUCUCGGACAGCAGUACAGGUUCGCUGAACCUUUCCGGCAGUGGUACGGGCGGUGGCAAGGACCAGAACGACUCGGAUAAGGAUGAUCAACCGAUUUGACUAAAAAUGAAUAAAUGACGCUUAUAAAUGUAGUGUUAGUAGUAGAAGAUAGAGAUGUAGACGGGGAGAUGUGUGUAGUUCGGGAACGGACGGACACAGUGAGCGUGAUGCAGUAAGGUAGCAAAAAAAAAAAACGGAACUCUCGAACCUCUUGUUCAUUUAGGGGGGAGAGCGAGAGAAAGAGAGAGAGCAGCGAAGCGAAAGAUCAGUUAUAGAAUGUAGAAACACUAGUGUAUUAAGAGUGAGGGACAUGUACUGAUAUUACAAAAACAGGCCAAGACACACAGCACACCUCCGUGUGUCAUACACGUUAAGGGAAAACUUUGUGCUCAGCUAGAAGAUCUAAAACCGCGCUCGUUGGUGUGUUUUAAACGCACUCUAGGGAAAGUGUGUGUGCGUAUGUGUGUGUAAGUUGUUGAUAGGGAUCUUGUGUAUUGCUUGUGUUAGUGUAUUUGAGUGUUAACCAUUCGGCACUAAUGUCCGCGUUCCUUCCAUUUUGUGGGCGGAAGGAACAGUGGAAUCAGAAGUGUAGUAAUUGUGUAACGAAUUGUGAGACUUGUACAGGAAUUAGUAACGUACAUGAAAGCCUAUUUAUGCUCCAGCGGGUGACGGCGAGCGGUUUUAGUAAAGGUGUACUUCCGUUGUGUCGUGCAUCUCGGCUUGUGGGAUGCCGCUUUGUCAGCCGCGACAGGACCAUAAAUAAGGUAGAAUGUUCUAAGAGUUUGUUUUUGAGCUUCGCGAGACGAUGGUACAAGCGUAAAGAGAAUCGUUGAUAUUGAAAAACACCUUUCAAUAUGUCCCAACAGCAACAUAAUCAAGCAGUGAGCAGAUUUUGGACGACGCAUACACAAUGCAGAUGAUUUGAAAGUUUAUUACAACAUUGGUGGGCGGGAAAUAAUAGUGUAACAAUUUGUUUUCUCUCUCCCAACAACAUCCCGUGUAAAGAAGAACAAAAACAAAUGGACCGGACAUGUGAAUUCGUUUACAAAAUAAUCCGGUCAAAUCAAAAGAAAAUGUGUACAAUAGAAAAACUACCACUAAAAAAAAAAACAAAGCAACAGAAUAGAUGCAGGUACGGCGUCGUUAUGUAUAAUCAAAGUAAGCUAGACUUUAGUAAACCACAGUAACACAGGGUGGACACACAGUAAAAAGGGUGUGGGCGGCUGUAGGAGCGGGGAAAAUGAGUAGAAGGAAGUGAAAAUGAAUUAAAUGACAGUAAGGUCUAGAGGGAUAGAUAAAAAAGGAAACAAGAGAGCGAGAGAGAUACAGAGAGCUUCCACUAUUGGAAGAGAAGAAGAAAAGCCACUUACGAAUUCAACUGCCCCAAACAAAAGGUGGGGUUUAGAUAUUUGUUUCCACGAUUUUUUUUUAUUAUUGGAUCAUGGCGAAAGAACAUACAAACAAUUUAAAUAAUAAUUAUAUAAUUAUUUAUUUUUGACAUUAUUCUCUGUUUUUAGACUCAUUAUUCAAUUAGAGUAGUGUAUAGUUAUAUAACAUAACCGCCGGUAGAGUGAACGAUCGUGUGGUGGAAGGGAGAAGAGAGAGAGAGAGAGAGGAGUGGUGUGUAAAGGGGAGUAAAUAGAAAAAUGAAAAGGCAAUCCAUUGCGAAAAGUAUCCACAUACACACAAUACACAUAUUGCAUUAUGGAAGAUGGGGAGGUUAAGAAGUUCAUUGAUAUCACAAGGAUGUUGUGCUUUUCCCCAUCUUUGUUGCUGCUGCUGCUACUGUUGGCUUACUUAGUAGGCGAAUGGAUCGAAGGUGUGGUUGCGUAAUGUAAAGAGCGAGGGAAAAGAACGAUGGACCGUAAUUGUACAUAGAAAUACAUACCUGAGACACACUCUCUUUAGCUCAUCCUCAGCUUCCCUUGUGUGUUUGACAGGUAAUAUAGUCAAACCGGAACCACGGUUGAGCUGGUGGUUCUGUGGAAGAACGAUAGGGAAGGAGGGUAAAUUAUAAAGUAAAUAGGAAAAAAACAAACAAACAUGCAAACAGCACUUUACGACGUUUUUAUUAAGACUUAAAAGCAAAAGGAAAGCGAAAAAUGAUGUUUGUGUGUAUGUUGUAGGUCUGAAAUGAAAAGAAGAAAUAUGAAACAAAGAAACAAGCAAAAAAAGCGAAACAUAAUGGAAGAAAUCAACCUUAGUAAACGGAUUUAAAAGAAAACAAAAAAACAAGAAACACACACAAAAACGUUAAUAACAAAACUUACUCUUUAUUCAAAUGCAAACAAAACAACAAAAGAAAAAAAGGUAACGUCUUUGAUAUAUGGCAGUUUUCAUCCCCAAAAAAAACAUGAGAUAAUAAGAUAGUAGGGAAUGGAAUGCAAGCGGGGAUGAGGACAGAUAGUAGGGAGUGUGUGUGUGUGUGUUUACAGGAUGCAAAACAACAUCGUGUGAAUGAUGGUAUGGAUGGUAUGACGAUUGUUUGGUUUGAAGGAAAGUGAUAAUAAAUCUGAGCGAAAAUGUGA